AUGACUGAAGAAUUCCCAACACCCCAGUUGAUUGACGAUUUGGAGUCUCCACAUGAUAAUACUCGUGUUAUCAAGGAUUUGUUAGCUGGUACUGCUGGUGGUAUUGCUCAAGUUUUGGUUGGACAGCCUUUUGAUACGACUAAAGUUCGAUUGCAGACAAGUGAAACUAGCACAAAUGCAGUGAAAGUAAUCAAGGAUUUGAUUAAGAACGAGGGUCCUAUGGGUUUCUAUAAAGGUACCUUGACACCUUUGGUUGGUGUAGGUGCCUGUGUGUCCUUACAAUUUGGGGUAAACGAGGCUAUGAAACGGUUUUUCCAUACUUUCGAUGAAGCUGCAUCUCAACAUUUGAGUUUACUUCAGUAUUACAUAUGUGGUGUUGCUGGUGGAUUCACUAAUUCGUUUUUAGCCUCCCCAAUUGAACACAUAAGAAUUAGAUUGCAGACUCAGACUGGUUCUGGUGCGACUGCAGAGUUUAAAGGUCCUAUCGAUUGUAUUAAGAAAUUGAGGGUAAACGGUCAACUGAUGCGCGGGUUAACCCCUACAAUGUUGAGGGAAUCGCAUGGUUGUGGUGUCUAUUUCUUGACAUACGAGGCUUUAAUUGGACAUCAGGUUAAAUCUGGAAUCCAACGUAAAGAUAUUCCAGCCUGGAAGCUUUGUUUGUUUGGAGCUGCGUCUGGAACUCUACUAUGGACCAUGGUUUAUCCACUUGAUGUAAUCAAAUCUGUGAUGCAAACAGAUAACCUUAAGACACCUAAGAAUGGUAAUAAUAUCCUCACUGUAGGAAGGACUAUUAUUGCCAGACAAGGUGUUUCUGGCUUAUUCAAAGGUUUUGCGCCUACGAUGUUAAGAGCUGCCCCCGCCAAUGCAGCUACUUUUGCAACGUUUGAAACUGCUAUGAGGCUCUUAGGCUAA